GACUCUUCUUGGAAGGACCCACGGACUAUACGUAUGCUACCUUUGACCCAGGUGGACGCCGCCGCUCUCUAGAAACUCUGCUCACUUCAGAUGUGUGGGGUACAAAGGCACACAGGGUAGGACGAGCCCACAGCAUGGGUUUUCAGGUGUUUGUGGCUUUCAGUCCUUGGAAUUUGUUGCUAUUGCUGGUAGCCCUGGAGUGUUCUGAAGCAUCUUCUGAUCUGAACGAAUCCACAAAUUCCACCACCCAGCAUGAACCUAAUGUUCAGUUUGCUGCUGCCAGCUCGGAGCCAGAUGAGAACAUACCUGUUUUUGUACUGGAUUAUGACUAUGUGCAAAUUCCUUAUGAGGUUACCCUCUGGAUACUUCUAGCAUCUCUUGCAAAAAUAGGCUUCCAUCUUUAUCGCAGACUGCCAGGCCUCAUGCCAGAAAGCUGCCUCCUCAUCAUCGUUGGGGCUCUGGUGGGUGCCAUCAUCUUUGGCACCGAUCACAAAUCACCUCCAGUCAUGGAUUCAAGCAUCUACUUCUUAUAUCUCCUUCCACCCAUCAUCCUAGAGGGUGGUUACUUUAUGCCCACUCGGCCCUUCUUUGAGAAUAUUGGCUCCAUCCUGUGGUGGGCAGGCCUGGGGGCCCUGAUCAACGCCUUUGGCAUUGGCCUCUCCCUCUACCUCAUCUGCCAGAUCAAGGCCUUUGGCCUCAGCGAUGUCAACCUGCUUCAGAACCUGCUGUUUGGCAGCCUGAUCUCAGCCGUGGACCCGGUGGCUGUGCUGGCUGUGUUUGAGGAGGCGCGUGUGAAUGAACCGCUCUACAUGAUGAUCUUCGGGGAGGCCCUUCUCAAUGAUGGCAUUAGUGUGGUCUUAUAUAAUAUCUUAAUUGCCUUCACAAAGAUGCAUAAAUUUGAAGACAUAGAACCUGUUGACAUUUUGGCUGGAUGUGCCCGAUUCGUUAUUGUGGGGGUUGGGGGAGUAUUUUUCGGCAUCAUUUUUGGAUUCAUUUCUGCGUUUAUCACACGUUUCACUCAGAACAUCUCUGCAAUUGAACCACUCAUCGUCUUCAUGUUCAGCUAUUUGUCUUACUUGGUUGCUGAGACGCUCUAUCUCUCUGGCAUCCUAGCAAUCACAGCCUGCGCGGUGACAAUGAAGAAGUACGUAGAGGAAAACGUGUCCCAGACAUCCUACACCACCAUCAAGUAUUUCAUGAAGAUGCUGAGCAGUGUCAGCGAGACCCUGAUCUUCAUCUUCAUGGGCGUGUCCACCGUUGGGAAGAACCACGAGUGGAACUGGGCCUUCAUCUGCUUCACCCUGGUCUUGUGCCAGGUCUGGAGAGCCAUCAGCGUAUUUGCUCUCUUCUAUGUCAGUAACCAGUUUCGGACUUUCCCCUUCUCCAUCAAGGACCAGUGCAUAAUUUUCUACAGUGGUGUUCGAGGAGCCGGAAGUUUUUCACUUGCAUUUUUGCUUCCUCUGUCUCUUUUUCCUAGGAAGAAAAUGUUUGUCACUGCUACUCUAGUAGUUAUUUAUUUUACUGUAUUUAUUCAGGGAAUCACAAUUGGCCCUCUGGUCAGGUACCUGGACGUUAAAAAGACUAAUAAAAAAGAAUCCAUCAAUGAGGAGCUUCAUAUCCGUUUGAUGGAUCACUUGAAGGCCGGAAUUGAAGAUGUGUGUGGGCAAUGGAGCCACUAUCAAGUGAGAGACAAGUUUAAGAAGUUUGAUCACAGAUAUUUACGGAAAAUCCUAAUCCGAAAGAACCUGCCAAAAUCAAGCAUUGUUUCUUUAUACAAGAAGCUGGAAAUGAAACAAGCCAUCGAGAUGGUAGAGACUGGGAUACUGAGUUCUACAGCCUUUUCUGUACCCCAGCUGGCCCAGAGGAUACAAGGAACCAAAAGGCUUUCCCCUGAAGAUGUGGAGUCCAUGAGGGACCUUCUGACACACAACAUGUACCAAGUUCGACAAAGGACCCUGUCCUACAACAAAUAUAACCUCAAACCCCAAACAAGUGAGAAGCAGGCUAAAGAGAUUCUGAUCCGCCGCCAGAACACCUUGAGGGAGAGUAUGCGGAAAGGCCACAGCCUGCCCUGGGGAGAGCCGGCCAGUGCCAAAAACAUCCGCUACCUCUCCUUUCCCUACGGCAAUCCUCAGCCAGCAAGUAGACACAGGAGAGUUGCUGAGUUCACAGACAAUGACAGCAGUGACUCAGAACUCCCAUCCAUCAUGUUCAAAGAACACUCUCAAAGAGAUUUGCCUCAAGAAAGAUACCCAACACAAGAAAUAAUCCCGAUGAAGAGUUUAUACAGAGGAAGGAAGCCGACCAACUUCCGUUAUCAAAGAAAUACAAGCCAAGAAGAGCAUGUUGGCCAAGGAAGAAGGGCAGCUUUAAGGCCCAAACCACUGUUUCGUGCAGUAGAUGAGGAGUAUGAAUCUGGAGAGGAGAGUGCGGAAGAGGCAUCAGCAAUUGGGCCCGGAUGGCCACCUGAGCACAGACCCAGCAGGGAGCACCACAAGUCCCACAGUCCUUUGCUUAGAAGAAAAUAGCUUUAUUGUCCGCAAGAUUGUAUCUGUGUUUUUCAGGAGCCUGUCUUCCUAUUAUUGUCAAAGAAGGAUUUUCAGAGUUCUGAAGAAAGCUACCGAGUUUUCCUUUUUUGAAGAUAUCAGACAUGCAUCUACACCAGGCUGGGAGAUUUUUCGGAGGCCUGAGAGCAACUUGUAGGCUCUGCCGUUCGUAGCUGAUGUACUUAGUAGAUGAAUUCCCUGUGAGGGAUAGAACUUAGUCACCCCCAAAAUUAUUCACUAUGAAUCACUAAGAGUGUGUGAUCCAUGUAAUUCAUUGAGAUACAAGCGUGAUUUGUCAGUAAUUCACCUUGACCAUAUGCAUGUGCGCCUUAUAAUCAAGUUAGAACUAGGAGAGGCCUUAGAAAUAGUCUGGUCCAACCACCUCUGUUUAUGGGUAAAAACACUUUGCCCAAGGUCACGUGGUGAGUUGCUGGCUUCACAAGCUAAUUGUCCUCCCUCCCAAGUGAAUACAUUCGAUUUGGAUUUUGAUAUGCACUAUGUAAUAAUUGUAUUUCUGAGGAGAGGCACCAUUUGUCAUCACAUUGCCAUAUUUAAUCAGUAGCAAUGACUGACAGAAGUGAUACAGACUAUAGGACUAAUCUGUGAACAGAUUAUUCUAGUAGAUUAAUCAGCAGUCUAUUUUCUAAUUGGAAUAUUUAUUUUAAAAAUAAAUAUUAGAAACAAAACAGCCAUAACGGGCUUUAACAGCAAUGACGCAGACGACAGGUA